UUUUUGGGGGUCUGCAGGGCUCCUGCCCCCCGGGAAAGAUGCCGGCCAGGCUCCAGAACCGGUACAACCUGGUGGAGGAGGCCGGGGAGGCGCGAGGGGCCGCCCUGCACAGCGAGGAAGCCUUCCAGCAUGGCAUCGUCUUCCAGGCCAAGUACAUCGGCAGCUUGGACGUGCCAAGACCCAACAGCCGCGUGGAGAUUGUGGCAGCGAUGAGGAGGAUCCGGUAUGAAUUCAAGGCCAAGAACAUAAAGAAGAAGAAGGUUAACCUUGUCGUCUCUGUGGACGGCGUGAAAGUCAUCCUCCGGAAGAAACAGAAGAGAAAAGAAUGGACUUGGGAUGAGGGCAAGAUGCUGGUGAUGCACGACCCUGUUUACAGGAUUUUCUACGUUUCGCAUGACUCCCAAGACCUGAAAAUCUUCAGCUACAUCGCCAGGGAUGGCACCAACAACUCCUUCCGGUGCAACGUCUUCAAAUCCAAAAAAAAGACCCAGGCCAUGCGCGUGGUGCGGACGGUGGGCCAGGCCUUCGAGGUCUGCCACAAACUCAGCCUCCAGCACGCCCUGCAGAACGCCGAUGGCCAGGCCGACGGGGCCAGCAACAAUUCGGCCGAGGAGCCACAGCUAGAAGGUCUGCAUCUGGCUGGACCAGCCAUGAUGGAUGGAGAAAGAGCUCCUGUGAUUUUGGAGGGGACCGGAGUGCCGGACGGGAGGGCUUCUGAGCAACCGUUGGCAGUGGCCGAAUUGGGGGUCUCUCUGCCGGGUCCAAACCUGAAGGACCGGAGCAGCCUGGAGACUGAGGGUGGCUCCCUCCUCCGCCCUCUGGCCGCACAGCCCCUGGGCAGCCCCACCAGCCCCUGCUCCUCCUCCUCGGGGGCCACCCCACUGGCCUCGCAGCACUGCCUCCAGCUCCUCCAGCACCAGCUCCUCCAACAGCAGCAGCAGACCCAGGUGGCCGUGGCCCAGGUGCAGCUGCUGAAAGACCAGCUGUCCGCCGAGACCACGGCCCGAAUUGAGGCUCAGGCCCGCGUCCGGCAGCUGCUUCUGACCAACCGCGAUCUCCUUCAACACGUCUCCUUGCUGGUCAAGCAGCUCAAAGAGCUUGAGAUCAAGGUGCAGCUGCGGCAUCCAGUUGACCGUUCGCUACAGAACUUGUCCCUGGCCCAGUCCCUCUCCCUCAACCUGAAGAACCACUACAGCCUCGAAAUCAGCCUGCCGUCCGCCUCAACGCCGGCCAGCGUCCUGGGCAGCCCUGUGGCCCUUCGGAACGCCUGUGGCUCCUACCUGGACCUGGCCAACUUGGACAAGGGGAUGCCCAACGGCACGGGGAGCGAGGAGCACCUCCUUCUGGCCCUGGAGGGGCCCGAGGGCCUCCGCAGCGUGGAAGGCUCCGAGGCCACCGACAGCAGCAGCGUGCCCAAUGGGACCGGGCCGCCAAAGGGCAAGGGGCCCAGCCCUCCAGUGCAGGAGGAAAGGGUCCAGCCAUUCAUCCCCAAGCUGAACCCACCCCCACCGACCCUGCGGAGGAGGUCAAGCAAAACCACCUCCCCGUCUCUGGAAGCAGAAACCACCACCAGCCCCGGCACCUCCACACUCACCAGCGUCGCCAUCCUCUCCCUCUCGUGCGCCGAAUCCGAGGCCAGGACAGCGGGAAGCCGUGCCGAGUUGAGCCGGGGGCAUGCAAGCCAGGAGCGAGGCAGAGCGGUGGUGCGGGGUCCACUGGCCAAGAGCCUUUUGGCCCACCUGGAUCAGGGCUCGGUGCGCGACUCAGCCAGCAACUUGGACUUCAAAUGGCCCUUCUCCUCAGGGGCCGGCGGCGGGAACGAAACCCGUUUGCACAUCAGCCUCUCGGAGGACGAGCUGGACAAGGCGGGGAUCGCACGCGCGUGAAACACGCCUGGGGCGAAAACCUGCGGACUGGGCGCCCCUCUUCUGGAAGGGGACGGAAAUGGAUUAUAAAGGGGAGGGUCCUGGAAUGGCGGUGGCCGGAGGCUGUUGGGUCCACCAAGUGCAAGGCAUCAAACCAGAAAAAGGAACAGAAGAAGAAGGAGAUGAAGACCACAAGGAGGUUCCAGAUUUCCCCGAGACAGUCUCCAUGCGACAUGGGCCUUCAACGAACAUCAGGAAAUGGUUCAAAGUCUCCAGAAAGUUCCCCAGAAGAAGAAAAACAUUGCAUGGAGAUUCCAGAGAUCCUCAGGACAGCCUCCGCAUGAGCUUGGUGUCGUCACAAACACCGGGAAACGACCUGAAGCCUCCAAAAAAUCCAAGUUCUCCAUUAGAAGAAGAAGAGGGCUGCAUGGCAUCUUCAGGUGUCUUCAGGACAGUUUCCACAUGAGCUUGGGCCUUAAACAUACACUGUGAAAUGGUCCAAAGCCUCCAAAAAGCUCUCCAGAAGAAGAAAAAGAUUGCAUAGAGAUUCCAGAUAUACCCGGGACAGUCUCCAUAUGAGCUUGGGUCUUCUCCAUUAGAAGAAGGGGGGGAUUGCAUGGAGUCUCCAGAUAUCCUGGAUAUAGUCUCCACAUGAGCUUGGGUUGUCAACAAACACUGGGAAACUGCCUGAAGCCUCCAGAAAAACAAGUUCUCCAUUAGAAGAAGAGGAUUACAUGGAGUCUCCAGAUAUCUCUGAAGCUGUUUCCACAUGAGUUUGGGUCUUCAGUAAACACUGGGAAAUGGCCUGAAGCCUCCAAAAUAACAAGAAGUUCUCCAUUAGAAGAAGAAGAAGAUUGCAUGGAGUCUACAGAUAUCUCUGAAACUGUUUCCACAUGAGCUUGGGACUUCAACAAACGCCGGGAAAUGGCCUGAAGCCUCCAAAAUAACAAGAAGUUCUCCAUUAGAAGAAGAAGAUGAUUGCAUGGAGUCUCCAGAUAUCUCUGAAACUGUCUCUGCAUGAGCAUGGGUCUUCAACAAACACCGGGAAAUGGUUCGAAGUCUCAAAAAAGCUCUCCAAAAGAAGAUUGCAUGGAGGCUCCAGAUUUCCCCAAGACAAUCUCUUUGUGAACUUGGGUCUUCAACAAACACUGGGAAACCAUUUGAAGGAGCCUGACGUUGUUCCAUCCGACUUGAACCUCUGGUGUUGAACCUCCUAGAAGCCCAAGAAAUAAACAGUGCAACAAGGACAUGGUUCUGAGCUGACUGGACCUAGGCUUGGAUAGGAAACGCACCCAAGGGCCACUUGUCCAGAUAUGCAGAGAUGGAGCAACAAGGAGGGUGUGGACUGAGCCACCUCCAGAGGUCAGACACCGGCCUUGUUCCCAGUUCCUUGUUCCCAGCCUGUUGACGGUUUCCAGGCAUCUCCCAGGCAGUGGCCUUUGUGCCACGGAGUCCAGGAAGACCCCGAAAUGCCACCUCUUAAGUCACCAGCGUGCCGUGCAAGGGUUCCCGUCUUCUUCUCCGUGAGCCCAGAACCUUAUGGAGAGGAACUUUGCUGCAGCGAAGCUCUUGCCUUUCAUUGCAUUUGCUGGGGGAUGUGGGGCUCUGUCUCCAUUCCCUUCCAUUCUCUGUCCAUCAUUCAGGGAUCCAUGUAGGUGAAUUGGUUCAACUCCUGUGAUUCACUGAAGGGUCCAGUUCCAAGAUGACGAAACCUCAGACCCUUUCCUUUCCCCCCUCAGCCGCUUAAGGAAAGGGCCUGAGGCUGUUAGGAAUUGUGGGAGUUGAAGUCCAAAACACCUGGAGGGAGGGCCAAAGUUUGCCCAUGCCUGGUUUAGUGUGUGCGUGUGUGUAUAUAUCUUCCCCUCAUUAUUGCUGAGAUGCACUUUAGAAAGAUAUUUUGGACACAAAAUGCCGGUGUAUGGGUGGGCAACAAGAUUGGGAAAUGGCUGCCGAUAAACUAGGAUUUUAUAAAGAUGUUGAGGUGUGAAAAGCAAAGGUUGAAAGACGGAGAGAUUGAAACGAUGGAGGAAAGCAUCGCCAUUGUGGAAAGAGCCCGUGGUUACCUCAUUAAGAAAUAAGGGCCGAAACAAGUUUUUAUCUAUUUGAAGGGCACUGAGAAAUAAGUCGGCCACAAAACAAAGGAUUCCCAUUUUGGGGUUGGGUGGGUCUUGUGUGUGUGUUUGUCGUGCAAACACCGCGUCAGGAAAGAUAACGCUGAGCAGAAUGAAGUAUUGUUGGGAAAUGGCUGGGAAUAGGAAUGAGUGUGGGUCUGGGGCCUGGUUUGGAAUGUGAGAAAAAGCUGCAGAAGGCCUCACUAGGCCGCAGUUGGCCUGACUGACUCUUACUUUGAGGGAAAGUGGGGUACCAGUUUGCCCCAGUUCAACAACGGAGGUUGAGAGUUUGUGAGAAAAUGACAGUAGGCCUGACUUGACUCCUACUUUGAGGGAAAUUGGGUCUUCAGUUUGCCUCAGUUCAACAAUGGAGGUUCAGAGUGUGUGCAAAACCCGCAGUAGGCCUCACUAGGCCGCAGCAGGCCUGACUGGCUCUUGCUUUGAGGGAAAUUGAUGGCUUCAGUUUGCCCCAGUUCAACAACAUAGAUUCAGAGUUUGUGAGAAACCGACAGUAGGCCUGACUGGCUCCACAGUAGGCCUCACUAGGCCUGACUGGCUAUUGCUUUGAGGGAAAUGGAAGCUCCAGUUUGCCAUAAUGGAUGUUCAGAGUUUGUGACAAACCCACAGUUGCCUGACUGGCUCUUUUUUGCAGGAAAUUAGGUCUCCAGUUUGCCCCAGUUCAACAAUGGAGGGUUGGAGUGUGUGCAAAACGUACAGUAGGCCUCACUAGGCCGCAGCAGGCCUGACUGACUCAUGCUUUGAGGGAAAUGGAGGCUCCAGUUUCCCCCAGUUCAACAAUGAAGGUUUAGAGUGUGUGCAAAACCUAUAGUAGGCCUCACUAGGUCGUAGCAGGCCUGACUGACCCUUGCUUUGAGGGAAAUGGAGGCUCCAUUUUUUUCUCCAAUUCAACAACAGGGGUUCGGAGUUUGUGAGAAAAUGACAGUAGGCCUGACUGGCUCCACAGUAGGCCUCACUAGGCCGCAGUAGGCCUCACUGGCUCUUGCUUUGGAGAAAAUGAAAACUCCAGUUUGCCCCAAUUCAACAACGAGGGUUCAGAGUUUGUGAGAAACCGACAGUAGGCCUGACUGGCUCCAAAGUAGGCCUCACUAGGCCGCAGUAGGCCUGACUGACUCUUGCUUUGAGGGAAAUGGAUGCUCCAGUUUGCCAUAGUUCAACAAUGGAGGUUCAGAGUAUGUGAGAAACCCACAGUAGGCCUGACUGGCUCCUUUUUGAGGGAAAUUGGGUCUCCAGUUUGCCCCAGUUCAACAAUGGAGGUUCAGAGUAUGUGCAAAACCCGCAGUAGGCCUCACUAGGCCGCAGCAGGCCUUACAGAUCCCCUUUUUGAGGGAAAUUGGGGUUCCACUUUUCCCCAGGUGAACAAUGGAAGUUUGGAAUGUGUGAAAAGCCUGCAGUAGGCCUCACUAGGCCUGACUGGCUCAUUCUUGAGGGAAAGCGGGGCUCCAGUUUGCCCCGGUUGAAAAAUGGAGGUUCAGGAUGUGUGAAAAGCCCGCAGUAGGCUUCGCUAGGCCAGGGCGGGCCCCUUUUUGAGGGGAAGCGGGAGGCUGAGAAUGUGUGAAAGAAAGGGUUGUGUUUGAGGGUUUUGUGUUGGAGAAGGAACACAGACAGAGACUUGCGAGGGUUGGGUUGCCUAGCAACCCCUUGGAGGGAGGGGGAGAGAGAGUUUGUGUGGGUUGGCAUUACUGGGCCCAGCACCCUGUUGGCGUUGCCUAGCAACCAUCACUCCCAGCGGCCUGCUCUUCCCCGAUAGUCUGCUAGGAAUUGUGGGAGUCGCAGUCCAAAACACCUGGAGUGAGGGCCCAAGUUGGCCCGUACCUGCAAGAGGGGGAAAGAAACACCUAAAUAAGAGGAAUCAGAAUCAAAGUUGUGUUCCGAGUGUAUUCUGUAAUUUUGUAACAGAGACAAAAAGGGUGGAAAUCCUAUUUAUUAUAGAAAAUAUUCAGUGUUGUUGGGACCUUGAGUGUAAUUACAGAUUCCUUUCUCCUCA